UUUCAUUGUUGUACGACGGGGAACUUCCCCAAGUAUAUUUAGUUUGCCCACAGGCGCGGUAGAACUGUAGCAAGCAGACGGCAAGCGGAAAGGAGCAAAUGCGAAGUGGGCAAUGGAAGAUGCAUUUUUAGCGCUUUAUGAAGAAGUCCAGGUGCUGCAAACCAUAUGCAGAAAACAGGCUGAACUUCUUGGAAAGCUUCUUGCAGUAAAAGGCAUUAGCGGUGAGGUGCCCAUUUCAAAGCCUAUCCAAUGCACUGACAUUGGAGACCCUAUGUGCUCGGAAUAUCCUUUCAUCAGAUUCCAAGAGAAGCAAGACCAAUGUGUGGAAUCCUCCAGUACAAUGGAAGAUAUGAAUGUCACUUCUUUACCAGAGCACAUCAGGGAAAACCCAAGUGUCUUGUUGGAUUAUGAUGUAAAAUUCCCACCAACCACUGAAAAUUUCAGUUUUCUAGCUAGCGAAGGUGAGAAACCAGAUCCUGGUUGUUCCAACGGCAACAAUGGAAGUAACACUGAUCUUGAAUCAUUCAUCAAAAACUAUACGCCACAAUUUCCAAAUAUCGACACCAGUGGGGAAGAAAGAACUGCAGGUCUUGACUUUUUAAUUCCUGUUGGAGCAGAUCUCAGUAUGUCCCAUUUAUAUGAUGAAGAACUUUGUUAUCUGCAGUCAAAGGAUAUAUCUUUUGGAAUGUGUUUAGCACCAAAGGAUCAGCACUUGUUUGGAGUGAAAGGCCCAGUUCAGUCCUCUUGGAGCCCAAGCUGCCUCUCCGGAGAAUGCCAGCUUGGCUGUGAAAUGGAUAUGAAUUCUGAUGUUGGCCUUAGCUCUCAAAUAUGUGAAUUCUGCCAGGCUAUAUUUCCCGCUGGGGCUGCAACCAGAGGAGAGUAUCUUAGACACAUAACUGGGCACGUGGAAUGAGCAUCUGCUGUCUCAGCACAGCGUUACCAUAAAUUACAGUAUCUGAUAUAGGAAGUCAGAAUUUCCCACAAUGUCCUAAUGAAUACUCUUUUCUAGCACUUCGGUAUUUUCUUAGAUAAAUACAGGUCCUUUUCAAAA